AUGCCUCCCAUGACAGAGGAGACCAUUCGUACAGUGUCGUCGCUAGCCACACAACUCGGUAACCAGAUCUCAGUGCAUAUGCUCAACUUGCUCAGCACCACCAAGGAGCUACCAGAAGGCUUUCGUGAACUGUCGCAUACCUUCCUCGAUACCUGUCGCAUCUUGUGGGCUAUUGAAGCCGGCGUGACCGAAUUAGCUGCUGCCAAUCGAACCCUCCCGACAGUGAUCAUCGAUGAAGUGGAGAAAAAAUUUAUUUCCGCGUACCGCGAUUUUCAAAGUCUGGACAAGAUCAUUUUGAAACUGGUCCAGUAUGAGCACCGAGGCACACUGGGGAAGAUCCAGCGGGGAUGGAAUCGCCCAGGCCAAGAGCUCAACCGCAUUCAAAAGUCACUGUCACAGACCGCGGAGACUCUCCAGAUUAGUGGCAUGGCCUUCCACUGGUCCCUUGGAGAAGCGCAUCCGGAGGAGUCAGUAGGUAUUGGAUAUGCGAGUCUGGCUGCUGCACUCGACCGUAUAGCUAAGGGCCGUUCUGUGAUGGGCGUCACAAAAGACGGCUCAGAGAAUAACGGCUCAGUAUUAUCAGUCCACAGAAAGACACCCGUUUUUUCGCCAUCAGUACCGCCUGUACCUCCGAAGGAACCCCCCAACCUUAUUAGUAACCGGCGAUAUAGCCCAAGUGAACAACCACGCCCCGAACUUCUGCAACACGAUGAUCACGAAAGCAUCGCAGAUGACAUGUCCUCCGUCGUUUCCCUGAACUCUUUCUUUCGCGGUCAGCCCGCACGCGAGACCGAAACACCUACCUCUAUUGAUUAUAGAACGUUGCAUCCAAUGCCAGCCAAGACAAGCUCAGCAGCCCCAUCUGUGGCAGAAGUCGGCAUACGACAUGACAGCGAUUCGGAUACUGAUCUGGGACAUCUGAUGAAGACAAGUCUGCCAGCGUUAGACGCAUUACCCCUGCCGCAGCGCGGGAUGGGGAAUGUCAACCUACGGAAUAGUCUCGCACUCGCAAUACGAGGGCGUAACCACUCCAUGAUCGAACAUCUGUUGACAAAUGGGGCCUCGCCGGAUAAGCUGGAACACUUUCAUCCGCUGAAUGAGGCUGCUCACCAAUGCGACUCAGAGAGCAUGAGACUAUUGCUACUCUUCAAAGCAAAUCCAAAUAUCCCAGAUUCCGAUGGCAAACCCCCACUUCUUUUAUCCGUGGAGAAAUCCUUUGUGGAAGGAGUCAUGUUGCUGCUUCAAAGUGGUGCAGAUCCGAACUACAGGGCGAAACCGGAGCUUGAGUCACCUCUGAGCUUUUGCAUUUUUAAUAGCAACAUCAGGCUGAUGCAGACUUUACUUGCGCAUGGUGGUAACUUGAAGGAGGAGAUGUGCAAUGGCACAACCUUGUUGAUUGAAGUAAUCCGUAGGCGGGCAACGCAGCAACUUGUCAAAAUAUUGCUGGAUGGUGGGUGUGAUCCAAAUAAGAAAGACGACCACGGCAAGACGGCUUUGUGCGAAGCAGUACAAAGCGACCAGUCUGCCACAUUGUCCACACUCCUGGAUUACCACGCGAACCCCAACUUGCCAGGCCCGACACAUGCCCUCUGGUCCGCUGUGGAUCGUCCAGAUUGCCUUCGGAUCUUGCUAGUGCGCGGCGGUGACAUUCGAAAGACCCCAGGACUUAUGGAGAAAGCCACAAGCAUGAACAAAUUUGAUGCUGUAAACGUGUUGUUGCAGGCUGGAAUAGAUCCCAAUUCAAAGAAGGAUGGAGUAUAUACACCACUCUGCUCGGCCAUCCGCGAUGACCGCCCGGAUCUUCUGGCUUUGCUUCUGAGCCACGGUGCUGACCCUAAUCUCAUGGCUUCGGAGUAUCCAGCCUGGAAGUGCAUCACCCACAACCGCUUGCAAUUCCUGCCGGAAUUGGUUGCAGCCGGCGCCAACUUGCACCAACCACCUGGUAUUGCCGAGUUGGCCGUGCAGGAGAAUAACUUUAAGGGUUUGCAAUGGGUGGUGGAGCAAGGUGGUGCCAACCCGAAUGAUAGAAAUGAGCGAGGGCACACAGCCCUGACCACUGCGCUCCGAGAAAACCGCCUGGAGAUGCUGGAUUGGUUGCUGGUUCAUGGCGCUGAUCCAAACCUGCGCGGCCAAGACUGGCCAAUCUUUAUAGCAGCUCGGUCACCAGAAUUGAUGAAGCGACUACUACCUCAUAUUACUGAUAUAGCUGCCCACAAAGGAGUCAUGGAGAAAGCAGUACAGGCAAACCAGCUAGAGAAUAUCAAACUUUUGUUGGCUGCUGGUGCAAGUAUAGAGUGGAAGAAUGGUGGUGUCUUCUCUUGCUUGACCACUGCGUUGCGCGAGCGCCACACGGAACUCGUACAUUUCUUACUUAACGAAGCCAAUGCCGAUCCAAAUGCUCCUGGUGAGCACCUACCUCUUGUCAAGGCGAUACGCCGAUGCGAUGACGGUGAUUUCUCAAUGAUCGAGUUACUCCUCGCGAAGGGUGCUGACCCGAAUAAAUGCUAUCGUGACUGGAAUGCUAUCAUGCAAGCUAUUGAGGACCGUGACAUUCGUUUGCUGCAGCUAUUGGUCGAAAAGGGUGGCCAGGCUGAUCUCACUAAAAAGGAUGAGACGGGCCAAACUGUUCUGGAAAUGGCCGAUAAUUCUGGCUGGCAAGACGGAACUCAGCUCCUGCUGAAGAAUUCUCGACAAUAA